CAGCGGUGGGCGCAGUGGUUAGGCGCGCCGUGUGUGUUGCGAGGGGAGCGGUGGGCGCAGUGGUUAGGCGCGCCGUGUGUGUUGCGAGGCGAGCGGUGGGCGCAGUGGUUAGCGCGCCGUGUGUGUUGCGAGGGGAGCGGUGGGCGCAGUGGUUAGCGCGCCGUGUGUGUUGCGAGGGGAGCGGUGGCGCAGUGGUUAGCGCGCCGAGCGUGUUGCGCUGAGAGCGGCAGCGGACCAGUUGGCGCUCGCUGCGCUAUAAACCGGAGUUCAAUUCCCGUUUGCGGCCUACACCAGUGACGAUCAUCUGAUACGGUCCUGUGCCACCCCGAGGUCGACUCUGCCUCAAGACUAAGACUCUCUCCGUGAAAGGGAAUGGAACUGUGGUGACCUCGGCUCACUCACCGCCUCCUCCUCCCCCGCGAUGUCACAACACGGCGAUUACAAAGAGGAGGAGGAGGAGCUGGUGACUCGGAGACCAGAGACAACAUCAAUCAAGUCUCAUUAUACAGUCUUCGUGACAACGGUUAUACACCUGGCCGCUGUCUGUCUCCUUCUCUGGGCGUCUCUGUCUCCGUUGGCCUCCGAGCUCCGAGUCAGUCGCUGGAUCGCGUUUGGGCGGAUCGCUCUCUAUCUGAUCCACUCCUUCUCUGCGUGGAACGUCCAUUGCUCACUCAGCUGGGCUCGCGCUCAAGGGCACCUGAGAUGGGAGAGGAAGACACGGAGACACAGAGACACGGCCAUGAUGAUAUUCAACACAGGUAACGCUCUUCUGCUGACAAUCUGUGCAACGGAGAAGCAAGUAGAAGACCCGGAGACAUGGGGGGGAAUUGGAGGAGAGAGAUUUUGGCUCUGGAUGUGGGUCGGGAUUAUUUGUGCAGAAUUCCUCCUCCUUUCUCCGUUUCUCAUCGCAUAUGUGGUGCGAGUUGUUAGAUUCAACAAAUCGACCCCGCAAUCCGACAUCAUCGAGAAAGAAACAGCGUCCUCCACAGCCGGCACCACCAAGGAAAGGAGAAUAAAACUUGAAUACAAAACCAUGAUAGAAGGAAAGGGCACAAGAAGAGUGAAGAGAUGGCAAGAGAUGUAUGGUGUUUCUCUGGAGGCUCUGUACGUAAAAUAUCUAUAUUUUUACUUUAGCUGGUGGAUAAAAAGCUGCAGCCCUCUCCCAGAUGUAGAAAAAAGAGUGAGGCUAAUGAGUAGUGGUUAGGGGAAGUAAGACGGUGGAGCAUCACGUUCCGUGGCCCUGACGGGAAUCGGCUUCAACCGUGGAGCCGAUCUGCCCACUGACCAUCGGCUUAUCAUCUCUAAGAUGCGCCUGCCAUUCCUCCACUGCUGUGGUGGGCGUCCACCUAGGACCCCUUUCAAACCCACAGUGGCCUGGUCUCCACUCGCUAAUGAGAGUUGCAAGCAAGAAUUUCAUUAUCACUUCCAGGUGGGGUUGGCAUCGUACACCCCUCCUGAUUCCAAGGGGAAAUGGGUGCGUUUGGUACACAGUCCAGACCUCCUCAUAGACCCUUGCUCAUAGAGGAAGUGUUCCCCAGAUAGCUGAGAGUAAAUGGUGGGCCCAUUCCCACUGUGUGCAACAUCCUACAAUGGAGAAUAAGGAGGCUUACGGCAGCCUUCAGAGGGCCAGGACAGCUGUGUGGCGUUGCACGGAUGACUGGUGUUUGUGGGUUGAAGCCGAGGAGAUGGAAACUGCCUCAGCACUUUGCGAUCACAAUUAACUCUUGAAUUCCAUCAAAAGAGUAACUUGAAGAGCCAUGCCUUUCACCAUCCUUAAGGGAAAGAAUGGUGAUCUGAUCUCCAAACCCAAGGUGUUUUCUGAGCAUUUUCAUGCAGGUUUGUGUAUGUGAUAUAUCUUAUAGUCUGUAUAUCUCUGUGUAUCUCUAACUUGCAAUAUAUCUCUAACAAUCCCUAUGUGUGU